UACACUCUCUUCACCGUUGAACUGGCGAGUCUUCCUUCCUGUCACCCAACAUCUAUCCAUCCACCCUCCUCCUCCUUCUUCUCACUCGCCAAGAGACGCCGAGUCAGAACUGGUGACAGAACCGAACCGGCAGAGACUUCACAAGGUCGUCUCGGCGACAUCGUAGACCGGACGCGGUUGCGGUGUUCGAGGCGCCCGUUCCUGUUUUUCAUGUCAAUGCCGAGUGAACCGUAGCUGCUCGCUCCGACGAUAUGCUUUGAAAGUGGGGGACUUAUGCAGCCAAGUGUUUGUCGAGCGGACGAUGAAGUUCAUGCUGGUCGUGCUGUUGAUGCUCCUAACCACCGAGAAUGUUGUUGGACAAGCUCAGGAUGACUUUGUGUCACUGGCCGAAUUGGAGGAUUCCUUACUGAGGAACCUGUUCCGAGGUUACCAGAAAUGGGUUCGACCUGUGCAGCAUGCCAAUGAUACAAUCACUGUGCGCUUUGGACUAAAGAUCUCACAACUGGUGGAUGUGGAUGAGAAAAACCAACUGAUGACCACAAAUGUUUGGCUUUGGCAGGAAUGGGUCGAUGUCAAGCUCAAAUGGAAUCCAGAUGAAUAUGGCGGCAUUCCAUCAAUCCGAGUGCCUUCAGAGACCAUAUGGCUGCCAGAUAUCGUUCUGUAUGAAAAUGCGGAUGGUCGUUUUGAGGGUUCCCUGAUGACUAAAGCCAUUGUUCGGUGGGAUGGGACCAUAACUUGGACCCCGCCUGCCAGCUACAAGUCCUCUUGCACCAUGGAUGUCACCUUCUUUCCCUUUGACCGUCAAAACUGCUCCAUGAAGUUUGGCUCCUGGACUUAUGAUGGGAACAUGGUCGAUCUGGUUCUGGUGGAUUACUAUGUUGACCGCAAAGACUUUUUUGACAAUGGCGAGUGGGAAAUCCUCAAUGCAACAGGAAUGAAGGGAGGCAGGAGGGAUGGAGUGUACUGGUACCCCUUUGUAACUUACUCCUUCAUCCUCAAGAGGUUGCCCCUGUUCUACACCCUCUUCCUCAUCAUCCCGUGCCUCGGUCUGUCCUUUCUUACUGUGCUGGUCUUCUAUUUGCCGUCAGAUGAAGGAGAGAAACUGUCACUUUCCACAUCUGUCUUGGUGUCACUUACUGUCUUCCUCCUGGUUAUAGAGGAAAUCAUCCCCUCAUCCUCAAAGGUAAUCCCAUUAAUUGGAGAAUACUUGCUCUUCAUUAUGAUCUUUGUCACUUUCUCCAUCAUCGUAACCGUCUUCGUCAUUAAUGUCCAUCACCGCUCCUCUGCAACCUACCACCCCAUGGCCCCCUGGGUGAAAACCCUCUUCCUUCAGCGACUGCCCAGGCUGCUGUGUAUGCGGGGGCACACCGACAGAUACCACUACUUGCAUACUGAGCUAUGUAGCCCUGAGCUGAAGCCUCGCAGAGGUACAGGAAGAAAGUCGGCCACGGGACAGCAGAGAGGACCCGCUGAAGUGAAGGAAGAGGAGAAUCAAGCCUGGCUUGCCAUGCUGGAGAAGGCCACGCAUUCCGUUCGCUACAUCAGUCGUCACGUAAGGAAGGAGCACUUCAUUCGUGAGGUUGUGCAAGACUGGAAGUUUGUGGCUCAGGUGCUGGACAGGAUUUUCCUGUGGGUCUUCCUCACUGUGUCGAUAUUAGGAACAAUCCUCAUCUUCACACCAGCCUUGCAUAUGUACCUCAGCUCACCUUAAUAGUCGGAGAUUUGAGCGAUUUAGAUGUCCACAGAGUUCAUUUACAUUAUGAGCAAAGUAUAAAAGUGUCAAUUUCAAUGAAAGAAACACCUUGGUUUUGUCAUAUGAGUGUCCAGAAAAGGUCCCACUGACAACUACUUCUGUCUGACAAAGACCACCCCCUUUCCUCUGAUUGGUUGUGACUGUGUAAAAGACCCACCCCUCACUACUUUUGAAAGAACACUAAUCAUUUGUUAUGUUGAGACCGCUGGCUUGGUAGCAGAGAGGUAGGAGAGCUUCGCUAGUGAUGUAGAUAACCUUGAGAAAUUCAAGUGACUUGAUUUCAGGCCUCUCAAAAGUAAAAUGUUUUUCGUUCAGGAAUGUGUGGAUGACUUUAAUUCGUAUUUUACAUGUUUACUCAAGCACCAUGGAGCCAAUAUAACAUAAAAAAUACUAGAAAAAGCUGGUUUGAUAAAGUAUGGCAUCUUUAAUGAACAUGCCUACAAAAAAUUUUCUAGAUUUACUGUUUUUCAGGCUGCAGAGUUGAAUAAAGAAUAUAUAUAUA